AUGUGGCCACCGGCAAAUCCCAGCGCAAUCUGGCUGAGACUCGGCGUGACCGCAACUGCACACAGCACACUCGGUCGCUUCUACGCUGUGCAGAGGUCAGGUUUGUCGUCUCUGGUGUUUGUCGAGACGAAGGGCAGCGGCUUUGAGGAGGGUGCCUUGAAUGCGAUUACGGCCGCCCGCAAGAUCUCUGGGCCAGUCACAGCCGUCGUUGCUGGAUCUGAGGCUGAUGUCAUUGCCAAGGCCAUUGCAAAGAUCGAGGGCGUCGAUAAGGUUAUUGUCGCCAAGGACGCAAUUUUCGACCACGCUCUGCCCGAGACCACGGCCAACCUGCUCAAGGCUCUGCAGGAGAAGGAGGGUGCCACACAUAUUUUUGCCCCGCAUUCGGCUGCCGGAAAGAAUGUUAUGCCUCGCCUUGCCGCGCUCCUGGACUCGCAGCAAAUCUCGGACAUUAUUGCCAUCGAGGGCGAGGACACCUUUGUUCGUCCGGUGUACGCCGGUAACGCUAUUGCCACCGUCAAGACCAGCGAUGUCAUCAAGAUCCUGACUGUUCGCACGACAGCGUUCGCCGCUGCUGUGUCUUCCGACGCGGUUUCUGCUGCUGAGGAGGCUGCUCCCGCAGUGGAUGCCGCUCCUCUGAGCAAGUGGCUCAAGGAAGAUGUCGCCAAGAACGACCGCCCGGAUCUGGCCUCGGCCAAGCGCGUGGUUUCUGGCGGCCGUGCCGUCAAGAGCACCGAGGGUUUCAAGAUUAUCUAUGAUCUGGCUGACAAGAUUGGCGCGGGCGUCGGUGCUUCCCGCGCGGCUGUCGAUGCUGGCUACUGCGACAACAGCCUCCAGGUCGGCCAGACCGGUCGCAUCAUUGCUCCCGAUCUGUACAUCGCCAUUGGUAUCUCUGGCGCCAUCCAGCACUUGGCCGGCAUGAAGGACAGCAAGGUCAUCGUCGCCAUCAACAAGGAUGCCGAUGCGCCUAUCUUCCAGAUUGCCGAUUACGGUCUGGUCGGCGACCUGUUCACCAUCAUUCCUGAGCUGACCGAGAAGCUCUAG